AUGACAAUAAGACUAUUCGUAAGGCAAUUUGGUAGAACAGGUUGUCGUCAUCUAUACACAAAAACAACCAUUAAUCCAAUAUUUUUCAAUCUUGAAAUUCCCAAUCACAUUAGACCUACUUCCGCACUUGUAUUAUCAACACCAUCAAACCUCCCCCAAGUAAUUCAAAAUGCAAUUGAUUUAUAUCAGAAACAUAAUUUACAAAUCAUAGUCGCUGGCGUAGAUAGUAUUGUUCCAAAUUCAUCAAGAAAUGGAGUUUCUGAGGUGUGGACGGAACAGCCAUUGACCAUUGAGAAUUCAUUGUUAUUAUCUGAACGAGAUGACUUAAAUAAACCACCUAAGGAAAGCGAUGGUAUUCAUAUUGUAACGGCCAAGAAGAAUUGGAAAAAUAUUGAAUCCAAUUUGAGAAUUAAUUUUAAUACCAAGAUAAAUGCAGAUUUAAAACUUGCAAAUACAAUAUUUUCAACUGGAUCAAUUCUAACUCUAUUUUAUUUCCAGCCCGGUAACCUCAUUGAUUCCACUGGAAAUUCCGGCCAACAUUUAUGUGAGUUGGAAGUCACAUUACCUCAAGAUCUGGUUUCUGAAGAAUGUCAAAUUACAUUUAAAGACAACUGGACGCCAUUAUAUCCAGAUCAAGUAUUCUCUGUCACAAAUUGUAUUGGAAAUCUAGUGAAGGCAGUUGACAACAAACCUGCUAGUGAAUUUCUUGAAAAGAAUCAAAAGUUAAUGUCAAUUGGAUCUAAGGAAACCCAAGUUUAUGUAAAAUUAACCAAUCCAAAUUCCACUGUGACUGAAAGAUUUAAAAUUAUUGCCGGCGGUGGCGGUUGGGGAGCCAAGGCAAAUAUGAUUGCGUUAUCUCCCGAGGCAAAACCUGUAAUUGGAAGUAAAAUUGAAUUCUUUAUGAUUACUCCCCAGGAUAGAUAUUCUAAGAAGUACGAAGCUAUUGAAGACUACAAGAAUGCAAUUACUUUACAAACGACCUAUGAAGAACAGAACUAUGUAGAAGAAGAAGAAGAAGAACAGGAGCCAAUUGUUAUGGAAAAUGUAGUAGGUUGUGGUUCGGAAUCGGGUUUUAAAUUUAAUGGAGUAAUUCAUAAUUCACCUGGUGAACAAGUGCAAAUUCAUAUAUAG